AUGGCUACCGCUGCAGUUCAGCAUGCCCCGGGCAACACCUUCGGGCAGGUCGUCGAACCUUUUGCGCAGGAACAGAAGCUUGCAAAGCACGACGUCGCUACGGAGCUGAACUAUUACAAGGAUCCCGGUGAUGGAACUCUGCCCGCUCCUGCUUACGUGGGUAAACCAGACACUCAACUCCGCCCUCAUGUCGCCCAGAAAGUGGUCAUCCACGACAUUUCGGGAGACGAGGAUAAAUACACCCUCGACAGUCACGGCUUUCAGUUUGUGAAGCAUGAAAGCAAGGAGAAGGAUUUCCGCAACGACGAGAAGAUUAAGGCAGAAUAUUACCCGGAAGUUGAACAACUUCUGAAGGAUACCACUGGAGCAACUCGCAUUUUCAUCUUCGAUCACACGAUCCGCCGUGCGACCACCGACGCACGCGACAUCGCUGGCCAGCUCCGUGGCCCUGCACGCCGGGUACACAUUGACCAGUCUUAUGGUGCCUCAGAGAAGCGUGUUAAGCACCACCUUCCUGAUGAAGCCGACGAGCUUCUCAAGAAGCGAUACCAGAUCAUCAACGUGUGGCGACCGAUUAAGACCAUUUUCAGAGACCCGCUCACCCUUGCCGACGCCCAUUCCGUGCCCGACAGUGAUCUCGUCCCCGCCAAGUUGGUCUACCCAGACCGCGAGGGCGAGACAUACGUGGUCAAGCCUAACCCGAGCCACCAGUGGUACUUCAAGUACGCGCAACGACCCGAUGAACCACUGCUCAUCAAGUGCUUCGAUUCUGUUGACGAUGGCCGCGCGAGGAGAAUUCCGCACACAGCGUUUGUGAAUCCAGCGCAUGAGAAUGAUUCACCCAGGGAGAGCAUUGAGGUGAGGACGCUGGUAUUCUAUGAUUACUAG